AUGGCAAAAGGUCGAACAUUCGCUCCAUCGAAGGAGAAAGAAGGAAACUGGGUGAGUCGAGUAAAGUGAAAAUCCUUUAGUAGAUCGCCGUGCAAAACUGAAUUGACAUAAACCGCUGGGAGAGAGUCCUUUGUUACUUAUUUGUUUAAUACAGCUCAAGAAAAAAUAAUACGAAGAUCGUAUAAAUUUGUCGAAUUUACGCACGUUAUAACUCGAGAAUAUGGGUGUAAAUCACAAACUACUAUCUGCCGAUUUGUUUUCACACGCAAGAGUCAAAGAAACAUGCAAACUAUGAUGAAAACAAGGCCUUGUCAGGAAAGCCGCUGCUCUUUAUAUCUGUUAUUCAUAGGCUGGUUUCACCGAAUGUAAAAGUUAAUAUUUAUGCAUUCGAGUCAAUCAACGAAAGAAGGCUCGCUAGGUAGACACACUUCACUUAGAAGUCAUCUUCUGCCAAGAAGUUGUUUUGCAAUUAAAUGAAGGUCAUUAUAUACACAAAAACUCACUUAGGCCUCAAAUUAUUUAAACAAACGAAAGUGACAAGGUUUUGUAUUUAUGGAAAUUUGUGGCCUCUUUGUGGCCUCAUGUUUAAAAAUAAACAUGAUUCGUCGUCAAAAUAGCAGCUGAAUGAAUUUGUCAAUUAUUGUCAAACUAUGCAAAGCCACACUAGGUCUGGCUAACUAGAUAUUUUGCAAACUAGAGAAUUGUGAAAAAGACGAAAAACUUUUCAAUAGCUCUAGUCAUAAACUGUCGAAACCUCCGAAAGCUGGCAACCUCGCGCCAGACGAGGAUAGUGCUCACUUACAACGACAUGACGGAAAAAUAUUAAACUGAGAGGGUGGGAUCUGGAAAGCAAUCACUAGAGAGGUAAGCAUGGGGACUUUCUCCCCAGAGGGAGAUCGUUAUUACUAAUUUCAGCCAAAAAGACAUCUUUCUCCGAUGUCCCUGGACCUUAGGCUCAAAUUUUACGAUAAAAAUAUCUUUAUCAAGCAUAUGCCAGGCUUUCGGUUAGCUCAAAGGGGCAAAAAAGGACGCACUGAAAAGUGGAGGGGCAGGCGUUUCUAUGACAAAUACAAACGCCCUUUAUCAAUUGCCCGCUCCUUUUCUCGCGUCUAUUGACUGAGAGCGUGUUUGGUAUAAAAAGCUACUAUAACCCGGUGAUGAAAAACGAGUGAUUCAUACUAAAUAGAUCGCGACAGAGGCGCUAAAUCUCGAGGAGAUGUGAAUGCGACAGAUGUUAGAUUUCGCUAGAACAUCACAAUUUGACGUCUCACCAUGGACGACACAACGCAACCGACUCUUUUUUUCUCCAGUUUUCCCAAUGGUGCUUUAAUGUAAACUUACCUUGCACUGUUGUUUUUUUUUCUAAUGUUUUGUCCCAGUUUUCUACGCGGGGCUGGCCUAGGACGCUCGAUGUCACUAAACCACAAGAACGAAGGGUGGCAUCCCCUCCCACGAGAUUUAACAGCAAACACGAGGUAAUUUUAAGAUUAACUAUUUAUAUCUUUAACACUUCUUCGACCUUCAAAUCAAUGAUUAAUUGUACUAUUAUCAAACAUUUUGUGUAUGAAAUCUGAUGAAAGUUCAAGAUGGUGUAAUGCAGGAGUGAACGCUGUUUGAUGAUUUUGUUUUUGUUUUGGUUCCGUUUCAAUAGGUCCCGUUCAGAAGAUUUGCUUUUUCAACACACGAUAACAGACAUACAUUCCAAGACCAGGGAGAGUACUUUGGAAACGUAAGGCAGUCGCGAUCACUUUUCGAUCAUAUUCAUAGGAAAGUCAGGUUUAAAAAGAGCUUUUACUUCGUAAAAUCGUUCUCCAUAUUUAUAGUACGGUAUACAAUAAAGGAGCAAGCAACUUCUGCGCGUGCGUAAACGCAUUUUCUCGCGCUCCCCAAAUGCGCACGCAUGCAACGAUUCUUUCCCAGAGAGACACCGUGACUUAAGAAGGACAGAUACGACACUUAAACGGCAUACUUCGGUCAAAUUUGGUACCCAUGCGCUAAAAGAUCGCUCAUGAAUCCAACCUGUCAAAAAGAGCGCUCUUGAUCAACUUUAUUAGCUCAACUCCAUGAUAUUGUACUAAGACACCGAAACGGUUUAGUAUUUUAAUCGAUGUGGCACCGCCAUGUAAAAAAAUAAUAUAGUGCAUUUUUUUUUGUUGUUGUUGUUAAUCCGUUUUUUUGGUUGUUUGGUUCCUUAAACCUUCAUUUUCUUUCAGGGACUUGGACGUCGAACAUUUCCCGACAGAUGUCAGCACUACUCUAACAAUCUGAUCACAUGGGAAACAAAUAAUGACCCUAGCUCGUGCUAUAUGGCGUCUUACCAAGGUCUCCAGGGAGAUGAUAACAGCCGGUAUAGACGGUUUCCGCGCGUUCAUCUUGAAGGAAAACCUGGUUCUGCCCCAUCAGAAACCACAACCACCAAGUGGUUUAAGCAACCAGACGUUCCGUACAAAACACCUCUGCACGUACUGGCGAUAACUCAAGAACCGUUUCUGACCCCCAACAAAUGGGCAUAUUCAUACAGACCGAUAUGGUAUUAACAGUAAUUGAUGUUGCCUUUACGUGGUUUUUAGUUAUUUAGAUCUGCGUGCCAGCCUACAAUGCGAUUUAAAAAUGGACUCAUCAUUGUGUGAUCAUCAGAUACCUAAUGUUUCAAGAAGACUCCUGUUUCAAACGCGAAACAAGAUUAAGUGGUGUGAUUUGCUCGAUUUCAAACUCAAGAUGUGCUUGAUAUUCAAGUUUUACUUUGUAAAUCUUAUUUAUU